AUGGAUUUCAAUCCAUUCCAGGACUCGGCAAAUUUUGUUGAACUUCUCCAUAGUCAACAAAAUGUAGUCUUUGGCAGUCAAGGACGCGUUCUAACCUCUUCAUCGCAAGUGCCGUCCUUUGGCAGUCAAGCUGCGGAGCUUCCAGUAGAGCGUAAGGAAAGAAGGACGUGGACAGUGACAGAGGAUAUAGUGCUGAUUAGCAGCUGGCUGAACACUAGCAAAGACCCCGUGGUGGGGAAUGAGCAGAAGUCAGCAACGUUCUGGACAAGAGUUGCAGCAUACUUCUCGGCUAGUCCAAAACUUGCUGGCUGUGAAAAACGCGACGGAAAUCAAUGCAAGCAACGUUGGCACAAGCUGAAUGAAGCAGUUUGCAAGUUUGCUGGGGCUUAUGAGGCAGCCACAAGAGAGAAAACCAGUGGCAUGAAUGACAAUGACGUUCUAAAACUAGCCCACGAAAUCUACUUCAACAACCAAACAAAGAAGUUCAGCCUUGAACAUGCGUGGAACGAGCUCCGCAACGACCAGAAGUGGUGUGAGCUCGCUACCUCUAAAACUGAAAGUAGCUCCAAAAGGAGGAAGUUCGCUGAUGGUUCGCAUUCAGGAGCAAGCUCUCAAGUCAAUGAAUGCGAUGCUGGUGUAGAAGGAACAUCUCGUCCCUCUGGUGUUAAGGCUGCAAAAGCUCGUGGAAAGAAGCCACAGGUUGAGGGGCAAGAUGUGUCUGAUUAUCAGCUCAUGUGGAGCAUCAAGAAGGAUGACUUGGCAAUGAAGCAACAGCUCUCCAAGAUGAGGGUACUUGAGAAGCUUCUUGCAAAGGAGAAUCUAGCUGAUUAUGAAGAAGGUCUCAAGAAAAAGCUUAUAAAUGAGUUAAUGUAA